CACGUCCACAGCUGCUCCGGUGGUUCUGGCUGUCACAUAAAAGUGCACGUCCCGGCGGCCGAGCGGCGGAACUCUGUCUGUACUUUCUGCGAGACCGGAUCGGAACAGAGGGACACUGUGGACCGGAACCAGCACCGACCAGACACCGACAGAAAAAAAAAACAUCCUCACAGCUGGAAGGCGCCUGACUGGAUCAGGGAAACACGUGAGGUCAUUGCUGCAAUCUUCGACAAUCCAAACAAGAAAGCUCCUCGGUAGCCUCCACCUCACCGUGGUCUGCCUGGCGUGGGAUGCUGGAGAGUGGGAGAGCGGGAGAGGAGAUUUGAUGCCACUUGGCAACAGUAAGAGUUGUGGCAUAGUUAAUCAUGGGGGAUUCAAUCUUCAACUGCUGUUAUGUCCCACCCCACCCCCCAGGAGAGGAGGAACCCCGCAGGUCCAAACGCACAGAGAUCAUGGCCUCCCAUUCAGCUAACAUCUCCUCCGACAAGCGCUUCCUCAUCUUCUUUGACUUUGAUGAGACCAUCGUGGAUGAAACCAGCGACGACAUGGUGGUGCAGGCCGCCCCGGGUCAACACCUCCCGGAGUGGCUGAAGGACACCUACCAGCCCGGUCGCUACAACGAGUACAUGCAGCGCGUCCUGGCCUACCUGGCGGAGCAAGGCGUCACCGAGAGCGACAUACGCAGCAUCAUUGAGAAGAUACCGGCCACCCCCGGCAUGCUCACCCUCUUCCAGUUCCUCCGCACCCGGCCCCCGAAGGACUUUGAGGUGGUGCUGGUGUCUGAUGCCAACACCUUCUUCAUCGAGUCCUGGCUCCGGCGCACCGGGGCCCGCCAGCUCUUCCAUCGCAUCUUCGCCAACCCGGCCACCUUCAACAAGGACGGGCGGCUGGUGAUGAAACCCUUCCACUCUCACGACUGCCAACGGUGCCCCGACAACAUGUGCAAGCAGGUGAUCGUCAGGGACUAUGUGGCCCGCAGGACGCAGGAGCGGGGCCGCCCCUAUCAGAGGGUUUUCUACGUGGGAGACGGAGCCAACGACUUCUGCCCGGCGCUUUCCCUUGGGCCCCGGGACGUGGCCUUUCCGCGGCGGGACUUCCCCAUGCACCGGCUGAUCACUGAGACCCAUGAGGCCAUGCCCGGGGAGUUCAAGGCGGUCACGGUGCCGUGGGUGAGCGGGGAGGAAGUGGUGCAGCGGCUGAGGAAACUGGUGGCAGAGUAGAGGGUCACACACAAACAGAGGAGUCGAUUAAGGGGCCAGUUGACAAUUUUAGUCAUAUUCUCAGGUAAAAUAGUCCCAGGAACUAAUGUUUGAGACAAUAAAAUGAUUUACUGUCUGUAAACACGUGUCCGCCAGGUCUCCAGCCUGCACAUGCCUCAGCCCAGCUUCUCACCUGGUCCAGAGGCCUCUCCAAGAACAGAGACUCAGUUUAUCAGCUCAUAAGCAGGUUAAUGAUUAUGGAGACCUGCCAGCUUCACCGGAGCUGAGGAAAUCAAUAACAAAUCCAGUGCUUUGUUGUAAACAGCAUUUAGAAGUAGACUAAAGGACUUUGCAUUUACAUAAUAAAUCUCCUUCACUGGGAUAGCCUAACAUUUAGAAGCAUUCCUCAUGGUUUUAGGAGUUAAACUGGGCCAGUAAGGAAAUCCCUGUAAGUAGGCUAAUAACCUAAAUAGCAAUAUUUAAAAAUGUAAUGAACACUUGUUAACUAAGUGACUCAUUGCUCUUGAGUUACAAUUAUGAGUGUGUUUUCUUACAAAAUGCACUUUUUUGAAACUUUUAUGAAAUAUGUAAUUAAAGUGUCAAUAAAUGAAAUCACACUGCCAUCUGAUGGCAAUGGGGAUUGCAAUAGCUCCACAAAAUUUGUUUGUCAGAAAAUAUACAGUAUGUCAAAAAAUGUAUGACUAUGUUUUAAGAGUGUGUGUGUUUGGUUAACUUGUCUAUUGGUGUGUUGUGUCUUUGUUGUGUAGGCCAGGCCUACUGAAAAAUAUAUAUUAACACCAGCAGGAAUAAAGCCAUCAACUGAAA